AUGCCUAAGGAACAUAAACCCAAAUCUCCUGUCGGCCCCACCCCUACUCUUCCAAACUCUGUCGAACAAUCAUACCGUCAAAAAUGUAUCGAACUAAAGAAAAGAAUCAAUGAAAUCGAGUCGUCGAACGACAUCUUGGUCGUACGUAUUCAAAGAGCAAGACGCGGGAUUCAGCGGAUGAGGCUCGAACGAGCAUUUUUGCUUCAGCAACUCGAGCAUCGUACGGAUCCCCGAGUAGAGGAUUCCGACGGUAGUCCAAGCCCGCCUCCUACGCCCAAAGAAAAACCGCUCCGUAUCAAACGCGCCCGGAAGGAUCCCCCUCCUCUGGAUUCUCCAAUGCGACAGGUUUCUCCAUCUCCAGGACCUUCGAGGGACGACGGGGAGGGAUACAACUUCGUUAUCUCCACUACAUUCAAUCAAACCCACCCGGGUGAGACCGACUCUCCGGGUCCUGGCACCAUGACUACUCUACCUGUUGCUGUCCCAAAGACGGGGAAAGGCUCUCGGAGCAAAGGUGGGCCAAAAAGACCACCAAAUGCUUACAUGAUCUUCUGUGAAAAGGAGCGAGACGCAGUCCGUGAACGCGAGUCCAAAAAAGAAGGAUUCGACAUGCACAAGGCUUUAGCUCAGGCAUGGCGCGAUCUAAAGGCAGACGGCCAGAAACCAUAUUUUAACGACGAUGCCGAGAGGGCUACCAUGAGUGGUAAUGGGGGUGCUGGGAAACGAGCAUUGAGAGCGCUCUCUGCGGCUUCUUCUAUUGUACCUGCUUCUAAUUAUGAUGCACCACUAAGUCCUGCUCCAGGGAGCACGAACGAUGAACAAGAUGAACCUCCACAGCAACCUGGAGGUGGAGGGGGCUUCACUGCGGUUAAUAGGUGA